AUGGAAAUUUCUCUUCAUGGAUUUUGUUUAUUCUUUUUUUUAGAAAAAGUUAGACAUUCAAAGAGAGGAAAAAAAGAACAACAACAGAAGUCCAUACAAAUUUUAGAUGAGAAUGAAAGUUUUAGACAAUCAAAGAAAGACAAAAAAGAAGAAGAACAGGAGUCCUCAGAAAAUGUAGAUCAGAGUGAAAAUUUGAGACAAUCAAAGAAAGACAAAAAAGAAGAAGAACAGAAGUCCUCAGAAAAUGUAGAUCAGAGUGAAAAUUUGAGACAAUCAAAGAAAGACAAAAAAGAAGAAGAACAGAAGUCCUUAGAAAAUGUAGAUGAGAGUGAAAAUUUGAGACAAUCAAAGAAAGACAAAAAAGAAGAAGAACAGAAGUCCUCAGAAAAUGUAGAUGAGAGUGGAAACGUAAGACAAUCGAAGAGAGGAAAAAAAGAACAAGAAAAGAAGUCCUCAGAAAAUGUAGAUGAAAGUGAAAAUGUGAGAAAUUUGAAGAGGGUGAAAAAAGAAGAACAGAAGUCAACAGAAAAUGAAGAUGAAAGUGGAAAUGUAAGACAAUCGAAGAGAAGGAAAAAAGAACAAGAACAGUCACUAGAAAAUGUAGAUAAAAGAGAACAUGCUAGAAAAUCAAAGAGAGGGAAAAAAGAAGAAAAACAGAAGUCACUAGAAAAUGUAGAUGAAAGAGUAGAUAAUGUUAGACAACCGAAGAUCCAGAAAAAAGAUGAAGAUCAGAAGUCAACAGAAAAUGUAGAUGAGAGUGGUAUGUAUGCAUUUAAUCAUGAUGGAUAAGUUCAUUAAGUUUUAUGAUACUGAAACUAUCAUUCUUUUUGAACUUA